AACAUCGCCUUCGCUCGUCAUCACUGUCUUAACUCAUUUGUCGUCGAUAUCGUCGUCACCAUAACUCAGCAUUCAUCCCUUAUCAUCAUUGCCCAUCGUUAACCAUCGUCGUCAUCAUCAUCGCGUCUCCAAUUGUUUUACAGCAUCAUCAUCACUACCACCACCAUCAUCAUCAUCAACCCCCCACAUCUUUGCAUCAUCGUCACUGCCCUCGUUAUUAACUGCCCAUCACAAUCGCUCCCAUAACUCUCUCGAUGAUGAUGAUUUUGUAACUGGGGAGAAAGUCUUGGCAAAGAGUUUGCUCGAGUAACUUUGUUCCUGUUAUUUUUUUGUUCCGAUGGUUCUGGCCACGUCCGGCUGAGGUGGAGGAACUUGAAAGGAACGGAGAAGAAGGGAGAAAAAAACCAACCCGCGACAACAUUGGAGCGCGCGUCGACCCUUGUGGAGUUUCGCUUACAAUUAAAAUCACGCAAACAGCGAGAGACUCCCAGCUUGGGCCCAGGUCAACGGCACACACGCGCACACACAAAGAGAAACGAAUCUAAAAGUUCGUUCCGAUCAUUUGAUUGAUCAAGGACAUCAUCGGCACAGACGAGCGGACGCAUAUGGACCUUGUGAUCUGCAGUUCAGCUCCAGCAGCGGAGAAGUGACCUCCAUCAUCACAGCCACCAAACACCACCACCAUCAACACGAAGGGAGGCAUCCUCCACCCACCCAUCCAUCCCGGAUCAUGGCUCCAACUGUGCGUGCUGAAGUCUCCGGUGCUCCGUUGUUGGUGCUGCUGGUCGCCCUGUGUUGCCUGGGUCCUCUCGGGACUACAGCCAAGGGCCACUUCGGCUCCCCGUACCGACUGAGCCUCUACUCCGCGCCGUCCCCUCCCGUGCGUUCCCCUCCCCGGCACAGGAACUGGUGCGCGCACGUGGUGACCCGGACCAUCUCGUGCGCCGUCAUCAACGGCACCGACUCCUACGUGAAGGCCGAGCGCAGGCCCUGCUCCUGGCCCAAGGGCAAGUGCCAGCGGCCGCUCAUGUACCGCACGUACCUGCGCCCGCACUACAAGCUGGGCUACAAGACGGUGAGCGAGAUCGAGUGGCGCUGCUGCCCCGGGUUCGGCGGGGACAGCUGCCUCGACCGCGUCGGGGGGGCCCCCCCCCCAUCGGGCUCAGUGCCCGGAGCCGGCUUCGUCAAAGGCGUCCCCACCGGUGGGGGGCCUUUCAAACUGGGGGGCCCAGCCCCGAAGGUGCCGGGGGCCAUGGUGCCGGGCCCCCCCCCGGGCGGGGCUCAGGGUGACCCAACCAAACCGGGCUUCAAGCCCAAGUAUCCCCAGAAAAGCGGCAGGCCCCUCAUGGACAUCUACGGUGAGCGGAUCGAUCGGCUGGAGGAUGCAGUGCGGCGCGUGACGCUGGUGCUCGAGCAGACGCAGGGCUCCCUGGUGGGCAUGACGGACGGCCUGCGCGCCUCCCUGCACGCCGACGCGCGCCACAUGAUCCAAGCGCUUGUGGGUGGCGUGGUGCACGACCGUGGCGCCGGCCCUCCCCAUGGCGAGGCGCCCGACUCCAUCGUGGGCUUCGAGGCCGUGCCUCCCGACCACCGUCACGAGGUCGUGCCCGGCGGAGACAAGACUCCUGGGAUGUAUGCCGAGCCGUACCCGGACGUCAUGGCGAAGGUGGUGGCGCUGCGGGAGGACCUGCGCGAGCGCGACCGCGUGCUGGCCGAGCUGCAGGCCACCGUGGCCGGGCAGGCGCAGCAGAUCCAGCGCCUGGCCGACAGGUUCCCCCACCACCCGCCUCCACCUCCGCCGCCGCCGCCGCAGCAGCAGUUCCCCCACCCCGACCUGGCCGUGCUCGACUCCCUGCUGGGCGACCGCAUCCUGCAGCUCAAGGGCGAAAUCUUCAACGGCGUGGACGAGCGCAUGAACGGCCACGGCGGCGGCGGCGGCCACAGCCUGUGCUCGUGCGACUCGCAGCUGGCGCUGCUGGAGCAGCGGGCGCAGCGGGCGCAGCUGGCGCUGCAGCAGCACGUGAACGCGACGCUCUCCGCCUUCCACGGCGAGCUGCAGGGCGUUCGCACCGACGCGGACGGCGCCGCCGCCUGCUGCGCCGGCGCCACCGCCACGCUCGACGGGCGGCUCGCCGACCUCGAGAGAGGGGUGCUGGGCGGCCACGCGGGCGGCCCCGGCGACAUCCAGGGGGCCGUCAUCACGGGGGAGGUGGUGGCACUGGACGCCCGCCUCAACGGGCUGGAGGCGCGGAUCAACGCAUCCGACCCGUGUCUGCCGGAGCACUGCUCGCACCUCCGGGACUUCCUCUCCGGCCUCGUGGCGGGCGAGGCGGCCGACCUCAAGUCCCAGCUCGAGCGGACGACACUCAACCUGGAAGUUCGCAUCGCCGACGCCGCACGGCAGCAGCCCCCUGGCGGCGGCGGCGGCGGUACUGGCGUCGUCGUGACGACCGGGGGGGCGGCCGCGAAUGGAACAGACACCGCUGGGCCGCAGGAACGCGGCUGCUGCACGGACGAUAACCGCGUGGAGCACGUCCUGGCGCGGCUGUCGGUGGUGGAGGCCGGCGUGGCAUCGCUCAAUGCCAGCAUGCGGCGCUGGGAGCAACGCGGUGGGGGAGCCGGGGAGGAUGCCGCCGAAUACGGGGAUUUUGGCGCCGUGCAGGGAGAGAUCACGCUCCUCAAGCUCAACUUCAGCACCAUCAACCGCACGCUGCGGGGCCUGCGUGACUCGGUGAGCGAGUACCGCGUGGAGAGCGCGCGGCGCGUCAACGAGUCGGUGGCGCAGGCGGAGCAGCGCCUCGAUGGGGAGGUGCAGCAGGUGCGGCGGCUGCUGGGGGAGCAGGCGAGCCGGCUGGCGCGUGAGGACUGGCGCGUCCGGCGCCUGCAGGGCCAGCUCGGCCUGGUGGCGCAGCGCGUCGCCUCUGACGGGGCGACGCGCUGCAGGGAGGGCUCCCAAAAGAGAAGCCAGGGUUUGGCGGACGGCGGCUGCUUCAAGUCCGAGGGGGCGGCACCGGGAGAGAAGGAGGCGCCGGCCGCGGCAGCUCUCAAGGAAGGCCCAGCUGUCCGGGACAGGGCCGCGAUGAUGCGGGCGGCGUCCGUGGAAGGGGCGGUGAUGGGAGAGAGGGCGGCGCCGGCAGAAAGGGCGGCGCUGGGCGAGGUGGCAGCGGCGAUGGGGGUGACAUCCGUGGAGGGCAUGGUCGCGGGCGAGAGGGCAGUGACUUCACGGCAAGGGGCGACGCCCCGAGACGACAGGGCCAUCAGAGCCAGGGCCGCAAUGAUGCGGGCGGCCUCCGUAGAGGGGGCGGCGAUGGGAGAGAGGGCGGCGCCGGUGGAAAGGGCGGCGCCGGCGGAGCGGACGGCGCCGGCAGCUGCGCCGAUAGCGACGGCCUCCGUAGACGGGGCCCCCUCGGUGGCUCGGGCGGCCUUCGUGGAGGGGGCGGCGCUCCCCGAGCAGGCGGCGGGGCCGGCCGUCACGGCAGGCCCCGAGGUGCAGGCGGCCGCCCUGCUGGAGAUGCAGCGCGAGGUAGCGGCCGUGCGGGAGGCCUUGGGCCGCCAGGGCGAGCGGCUGUGGGCCGGCGUCGAGGCCGUCAACGCCACGCUCAGGGCGCAGGCGGCUGACGUGGCCGCGCUGGAGGCCGCGGUGGUUCACCGCGGGCCCACGACCUCGCCGCCCCUGCCCAUGCCUGUCGCUGGGUUCCCGGUGCACGAGUUCCACCGAGCUGCGUUCUCGGCGGCGUUGACUCGGUCAUCGCCCCGGGGUCGCGUCGUCGCGUUCGACAAAACUUAUGUGAAUGACGGACAGCACUAUGACCCAGACACAGGGAUUUUCCGCGUUCCGUACGACGGACGCUACUUCUUCAGCGGAACGCUUGUGUCGGCGGACGGGCAGGGCGUCGUGGCUUGGCUGUCAGCAGCCGGUCGCACCGUGGCUCAGGUGGACACGGCGAAAAUAUCCAGCCAUUCGGAGCCCGGCAUCAUCAACGGCAGCCAUUCACAUCAUGGCAAAGACACCAAGGAGGAGGGCGUGGAGCAGAGAGAGGAGGACGAUGAGGAGGAAGUGGACGAGGUGGAAGGAGGCGUCGGUGGGGAAGAAGAGGGAAACCGCCUCAUCGGUGGAAACGUCCGCCGGCAGUCCGACCGCAACGGCGGCGGCGCGGCGGAGCGACACGCGACGCACGGCAGCGGCGGUAGCUCGGGCCCCGGCGUGUUCGGCGUCAUCCUGAGCCUGAGCGUGGGCGACCUCGUGUUCGUCGAGGUGGCGAGCGGCGAGGCGGCGUCCUCCGAUCGGCCCUUCACCACUUUCAGCGGGGUGCUGCUCUACGAGACGCCGGCGGCGGCGGCGGCGGGCAGGUAACUCGGCGGGCUCCACUCGCCCAGAGUUGGUUGGCUGCUCCGACGUCGCCGCGGCCGCCCUCUGGAGGGCGCCCUCAACCCCUGCCGACGGUGGUUCGGGACAGCUCCGCCUGGGAGAGAGAGCAACGAUCGGACCAAUGAGGCAGCGAUGCGAGCAAUCGUGCGGAGCGGCCCCAUCUGUUCGCACGGGGGUGGGCAACUAAUUCCUUGCGGAGGGCCGAAUCCAUCAUCAGCAGCAGCACCAGCAGCACCAGCAGCCAUUGUCUAUCCACUUGCUGGAUGAACUCCUCCCCAUGCCGUCAACCAUCCCUCACAGACCAGCGCUGCCACCGUCCAUCUCAGUCCUGCACGUUCCAUUACCAACCUCGUCCAUCGGCCAGAAGGCCGAAUAGAACUUUUAAAUACCUUUGACGGGCAAUCUUACAUUAACACACACACCUCAGUCGCUCCUGUCUGUGACUGAGCGUGCGAAAUUUGAUAACACAGACUUGUUGCCAGCUCGAAAAUAUUGCCUCCUCCGGUACCCAAUUAAAGUACAAACAAACUACAAUUCCGAUUUAAAGCUUUAGUGACUGCAGGGAUUCAUAUUCUUGGUUCUUUCGGUAAAGUCACGUAGAAGGGAAACAAAAUUGUAUAUUUUUAUUAUUGUAUUGUUUCCCUUCUACGUGACUUUACCGAAAGAACCAAGAAUAUAAACUACAAUUCCGUUGUGUGUCUCCACAUAUACAGUACAUUCAAAUGACUAUUUAAACCGUCAGCCUAUUGGCUAUCGUGGGGACACACAAUGGGGUUCUGCUUGUGUACUCUUGUAUCCAAGAUGCACCUGGGUCAGAGGCGGUUCUAAGUGGAAGCCUGAUAUGGCCGUGGGCCGCAGCCUGAUGUGGCCGUGGGCCGCAUGAAGCGAGGUUGCGGGCUCCUUCUGGCCCAUGGGCCAUUGGUGUCCCCAGCGCUGUGCUAGCCGCUGGGUACCGUGACCGGUCACGUGGUCAUGGAGCAACUCGCGAAUGGCCGUAGUAGUCGUCGCCUUCAUUUGACUGGGAGAUUAGAUUCAGGCCCCUUGAGACGCGUGAUAACAUUUCCUCUGUUUGGAAAGCACGAGCUGUCACGUUGAUUCGUUUAGAAUACUGUAGAACAUUUAAAAUAGUUUAAAUUAACUAAUCUAGACUAUUUAAUAUACAUGUUAUUUACAAAAAAUAUUAAUAUAGUUCAAUUGGGUGAUUUUGCAAGAUGCUCAAAUCAAGGUUUCCCAAACUCCAAUCCUCGUGAACCCCCCCCACCACACCACGUUUUUUUCCCCGCGUUUACAAAUGUACUUCUACCACUCAAAUCAACUUGUUUCAUGCUACACGCGCCCGAUUGUUGUUAAACACGUACGUACCACGUGCCCUGAUAAUAAAUCGACUGCGUAUGAUAGAGCCGAUUCAAAUUAAGAUUGAGAUCACAGAAGUGCAUGUGUACACGUGUUCCACACUGCCCGCAGACAGCCGGUAAUUUCUUUACUGCCGCAGCACGUGGGCGUGUUUAACAACCAUCGGGCGCGUGCAGUGUGGAACGAGUUUAUUUGAAUGGGAGGAGUCAAUUGGUGAAGGCGAAAAGACGGAGUGUCGUGUGAGGUCGCGAGGGCUCGCGUUUGGGAAACCUUCGAGUCCGCGCAAACCCCCCCCCCCCCCCCCCCGGGUACAGCUUUCCGUGACGACCAACCAUUUGGCGCGUGUGGUGUGCGCAGUGGCUUAAUUGGCAUGUGAAUCGAAAAGAUUUGGUAAACACCAAAACGCGGACCGUGACUGGGCCACGAGGACCGGAGUUGCGACCGCACUGGUGGCCACGUGCGUUCGUGGCUCCAGGUUGACAAGACCACAGAGUCCAGCUCUGGUUUGCCAGGCUCCGAUAAUGACGUUGAAGCAUCCUGCAAGCGAAAGUAAUUAAUAAUGGGAACACGAAGGCAACGUGUGGCGAUGGUGAUGCCCCAGCGCUGGGCUCCCGCCAGACUAGUUUUUUUGGGAAGCUGUGUACUGAAAUGAAAAAAGCCAAUGUCAGCGCACUACAAUUUGUGAGUCUGUGGGACUUCUGUGUGAGUUACCGGGCAUCUACGAGAUUCUAUGGGUCUCUGGGUGCCUAUUUGAGAAGCCACUGUCAGCCCAUUUAAUGUGUGCCACGUUUCCAUGAUUUUUAUCAACCUGCGUUGACUGCCAUUUUGAGCAGGAGCGCGAAUUCCCUGUGCUGAUUUUACUUUACGGCACGCAGGACCUGUACCGGAUGGUUCUCUACGGUCACUACUCGGAGUAACGGUUAACGUUAACAUCUCCCAACGGUGGCGAGAUAUUAACUACCUCGCCUGGUAUACAGGAGGUCGUGUGUUUGAUCCCUACCCUCAUUGCUGUAUAUUCGGAGUUUGCAUGUUCUCUCUUCCUGUGGUUGCGUGGAUUUUUCUACGAGUCCUCCGGUUUUCCCAUCCACAUUUAGAAACAUUCAUUUAGAAUAUUUGGCUGCUAUCAAUUUCCGCAUGAUAAGCAACUUCGUUGAGCUAUCAUUUGUGGCUAGGUCACUUCUGAAAAAAGAGCUAUGUAGCUCUGUGGGCCUUGCCUAGAAAAAUACAAAAACAUUAUCGUGGUAAGAAAUCUUUUCAGUUUUUCUUCCACGUGUUCGAAAAUGCUUUCGGUAGGUAACGUAAGCCAACGUGGGGCUCCGCAAACUGUUUUGCUUCGUGGGGAAAAUGAGAUUUGGUUUGCCGAGCCACAUUUUCGGACGAAUAACUUAUUUCUUUACGGUCUCGAUUGUUGCACCAGAGCCUUAACGGGUUUCCCCGUUAAUGGCAAAGCGAUGUGUUGCGCUGUAGCAAGGUGCCAAUCAUCCUCUCUCCGCCCAUCGCUCACCAAGCUGUACAUUCCUCGCCUGCUGUCGCUCCAUCACACGCGCGUGCGUGCGUGCUGCGUGUGUUGGGUACUGUACGAAAUGGCUGUACAUUUGCUCUGCCGGCGGUAACGUUGCCUUCGCCGCUGAAAUGUACAAUUUUUUUGCGCGGUCGUUUACUCGGAAUGUUUGCGAAUUUUAAAACGAGGCGGCAACAUCACUGGGGAAUUCUGGGAUUGUUAAGUGGGGCACCACCACAGUGGCGACUUGUGGGAUUUUUAGAAAGGGCGGUGGCACCUUCUUGGAAUUUUCGCAAAUGUUUGAAACGGAGGAUGCCCCUGGUGAUAUUACUGUAUUUUAAAGGUGGGCUGGUGGCUUUUAUAUUUAUCUAUGUAUUUCUUGUGUGGUUCUAAUGAAAGUUUUAUUUUUAAAAUAAAUAUGAUGUAAUAGUACGUAGUAUUUUAUUAAGUUUAUAUGUGGCGAUUUGCAAGUUACCUCUUAAAUUAUGGUAGCUUUGAGUUCAAAGAAAACGACCGCUAAUUAAACCUGCAGUUUGCAAAGUGGCUGAUAUAUCUUCUAUCUCCAUGAGCAGUGGUGAGGGUGGGUGGUGAGGGGGGGAAGAUGGGAGUCUGCCCUAUACGUGAACCCCACCCCCCGUAUCCUACUUGUGCAUUCACCCCCAUUCGUCCGUUUUUUUAUUAUUGAGCGUUUUUACCGUAAGAAUGUACGAAAUAUUUUUUUGGUGCUGUAGUGUUUCUAAUAUGCAAAUACUUAACAAAAAAAAUAAACUAUAAUUGCAAUUUUA